CUCGGCAUUGAGGUGCAGACAAACUAAUCCUUGAGCGGUUUGGUGACUUGUAGUUCGUGACACAUUAUGCCAGCUGAAAAGAUUGUACACCCUACAGGAACUCGUAAGGGGGACGAAAGUAACACUCGGACUGGUAUGGGGUAUACGAACACAGUCACAGACAGCAGUACUACUAUGAAUUUACAUCCGAGCACAGAUUUUAAUGCCGGAAACUCUGCUACUGAUCCUGAUAACAGAAUUGAAUGUCCUUAUUGUUCUGAAAAUGCAGAAACUGAAGCUGGUCAGCGAUCUUGUCAGCAUUGGACUCAAGUUGGGCGUUCAUCAAACACUAGACAGGCACAUAAGAAAAAAUUCAGAGGUCUUCAAAACGGUCAUGCUGAUCCCUCUCGUUAUGUUAAUAGUCGAAGUACAAAAGAAAUUAUUCAACGUCAUGUUGCCAAUAACGAUCCAGCCGAUGGACUCAGUUUGCGUGACUCUGUCGAAACCAAUGCACCCAAUAUAACUGCAUCACGCUUCAAAUGUGAUAGACCCUUGCCUUCAAGUAAUAGAAAUGUACCGCUAUCUAAUGUAGAACUCACUAAAACUGUGACAUCAAAUUCAUCCUCUCCAGCUCCAUCAGUUUCGUCAGACCUUCCAAAUGGGCAUGACUAUGGCGACAGUAGAACAUUUCCGAGGUACCCACAUAAGUCAUCGCGCUCAUUUAGAUCGGUCACGCAAACUGUAGAUGCUGAUGAUAUACACAAUCAGCGUUCAAACGCUUCUCCUGUAACCACUGGUAACAACAUGAGACCCCGACCUUCGAUGAAUCGUCCUGGUGUAAAUAUGCCACCGCAAUCUGGAGCCUCCUCCUCCGCUUAUCAAAAUGGUCAGUGUGAUCAAUGGCGACGUCCUAAUAACAAUGGUAACUGGAGAAGAUCACAUCAUACUCUACCCUUUGCAUCUCGCAAUCCUAAUCAGUUCCAUCGUUACAAUGGACCUGGAAAUCACCCUGCUCGACCUCAUCAAAACAGUUUCUCACGGAACCGUAUUUCGGGUUCUGGUAUGGGAGAUUCACCUCCCACUCAGACGAAUGACUCAUUAAAUCCCAUUUCCAAUGGAUCAAAUUUACAAUCCGAAACAAACGGUGAGAGUUUGAGAAAGCCACAAACAUCUUGGGCUGCCGCAGUUGCUGUUGGAGUUCAGCCUGAACAAAAGCUAUGUACAUCUGUCGAUAAUUCGCAAAUUCAGCUGGUAAAUUUUUUACUAGACCAGUGGCGCUGCUUUGAUCGUAAAUCAUCGUAAUGUAUACGUUUACACUCACCUUUUUUAGGUAUGAUUUUUUAAACCGACGAUGUCUUCUGACACUUCACCGUUAAGAGAAUACCUUAUCUCUCUACAUAUAUAGAUCGCAAGAAUUUUGUAUAACCCAUAGAAUUGAAGAACUGGAGUUUGUGUAAAAACCCUUUCAUAGAUUUGUUUUACGGUUUUCGUAAAUGGUACACUUUGGCUUGAUUUCUUAAUGCAAUUAAUUAACCCCUUGAAUUUCUUCAGCAAUAUCUACGAACUAUUUUAAAAAAGUAUCCAACCUUCAGGUCACAUUCCUCGCCCUCCAUUCUUUGUUCACUAUCUGCUUUCCACCUUCCGCUGUAUAACGGUACGACAUAAGACCGAUAUUGUUUAUCCAGUGAGCUGAAUAACGGGGUUUCCCCUGUAUUGUGUUUUCAGUCAACUUGUCUAUACAUUUAAUCCAUC